CAUCCCCUCAUCACGAAAUAGCCACGCAUGUCUAAAAGAAUGAGCGCAACCGAAUUUGAUAACGCUAAACCAUUUGAUCAGGUGCCGGGACUUCGGGUUUUACCAAUCAUCGGUACUACUUGGGGCAUGUUUCCUCAUAUCGGAGAUGGAAUUCCCAUCAGUAGAAUGCUUGAAUUGCAAAAGCUUCGCUUUAAGCAAUUCGGAUACAUCUGGAGAGAUAUCGUUCCUGGAAGACCACCCAUCGUCUAUACUGCCAGACCAGAAGAUGUUGAAAAAUUAUUUAAAACAGAAGGAAAGCAUCCGGUGCGUCCGGGUAUGGAUACGAUUAAAGCCUAUCGUGCCCAACGGAUCAAAGACUUCACCUCCGCCGGUAUUUUGCUCUCAAGUGGCGACGCUUGGUGGCAGACACGGUCGAAAACCCAGCAAACGUUUCUGAAACCGAAAAAUGCUACGCAUUACAUACCCGUUUUGAACGACAUUGCUGAAGAUUUUAUCGACAGAAUUCGUUUGAUUCGACCUGAAAACAAUGAAAUGAAACCAGAUUUCAUCAACGAUAUGUACAGAUGGGCACUUGAAUCUGUCGGUGUGGUUGGAUUGAAUACUCGGCUAGGUUGCCUCCGACCGGAUUUAGCUCCAGAUUCGGAGGCACAAAAAUUGAUAAAUGCCGCCAACUUCUCGUUUGAUGCCAUCAACGAUCUGGAGCACAACUUUCCGUUCUGGAAGUUCUUCGUGACUCCGAUGCUGCAAAAACUCUACGAUGCCCAAGAUUUCUUGACAGAUACGACGAUAAAAUACAUCAGCCAGACGGUGGAGGCCUUGAAAGGAAGCUCGUUCGAUUCCUAUUUAAGCAUUCUUGAACAGCUGCUUGUGCGCGGAAUGGAACCCAGCGAUGUCGUCACAAUGGUUAUAGACAUGUUGAUGGCCGGAGUAGACACUAGUGCCAACACAAGUGCAUUCUUGCUCUAUUACUUGGCGAGAAAUCCAGAAAAACAGGAGAAGUUGAGGCAAGAAAUUUUUUCCGUUGUCGGACCUAAAGGAAGUACCGCCACUGCCAGCGCGCUAAACAGUUUACCGUACCUUAAAGCUUGCAUCAAAGAAAGUUUCAGGUUGAUGCCAGCCGCCAAUGCAAACGCCCGUAUCACUGAUAAGGACCUCGUUCUAUCUGGCUACAUUAUACCAAAGGGGACUCUUGUAGCUGCACUUCACCAAUUGAUGGGUCGUCUCGACGAGAAUUUCCCAGAAGCAGAAAAAUUCAUUCCAGAGCGUUGGAUCAAAGGCGAUUUGCAAGAGAGCCACCAUCAUCCGUACGUGACGCUGCCAUUUGGUUGUGGAACAAGGAUGUGCAUAGGUCGAAAAAUUGCCGAACUCGAAAUCCAGCAGCUAACCAUUAAGAUGCUACAAAAUUUCAAGGUGGAAUACGACCACGAAGAUAUGAGUUGCUUCAUGCGAAUGACCAACAUGCCUGACAAACCGCUACUCUUUAAGUUUAUUGACUUGUAAACUGCCAUUUACGUUAACUCAUCUGUGAUUUAUAAGUGAUUGUAAUUUAUACGCAAUGGGACAUUUCAUGUACAUAUAUAUUGUUUUGCAUGGGUAUCAAUAAAGCUGUAUUCUUAUGACGUAA